UGGACUCAUUAGUCCCAGUCACGACCUGCCUGCACGCCUGGCUGAGCAGCCUGAGCCGUGUUUAGCUGUCGCUUUAAGACCCAUUUCCCCCCAUUGUCAAACAGUCGUGAGCAGGAAGAGGGAAACGAAAGCAGAGCGAGGCAGAGAGAGAGGGGGCCUGAUGUAUUUAAACACGAUACUGCUGCUGCCGUGGCUCGUGCUGCUGCUGCUGCUGCACAAUUACGGAGAGGAGCACGUGAGCAGCCCUCUCACUUAAAUAAAUCAGCACGAGGACACGGAGUAACUACCUUUUUUAUUUUUUGCUUUGCUUUUUGACCAUUUAGUAAAACGGGUCGUCAGAGUGGCCUCAGGAAGAGACUGUAUACUUGACAGACAUGGAGGUGUCACGGCGGGUUAUUGCCUCAGGAAAUGAUGACAGCGUCCUCCAUCAUCGCUGAGCUGCUUAGAGCGAUAUUUUCUUGUCUUGCGGCCAUUUCCACAAGACGCGACUGUGUGUCAGUUUAACAGACAAAAAAAAGAGAGCGCUCAAAUCCGGCUGCAAGUGGCGUCUCGGAGGCUGUGGGAGCAGGUGCAGCAGGAUUUAAGCUCCAGUGUUCCCGCAAGGCAGCUUCACAGGUAGCCGCUGGUUCUGGAUGUGACUCUGAUACCUUUCAUCUGGAUACGACUGGUUGUCAGAUUUUAGAGAUGACAUCCACUAUAGAAAGAAAAACACUGGAAGCAAAUGAGGAGCCGGUGGAUGAGGUCCUGCAGAUGCCCCCGUCUCUGCUGACAUGUGGUGGGUGUCAGCAGAGCAUCGGUGACAGGUUCUUCCUUAAGGCCAUAGAGCAGUACUGGCACGAAGACUGUCUGAGCUGCGACCUGUGUGGCUGUCGGCUGGGGGAGGUGGGCCGCAGGCUCUAUUACAAACUGGGGAGGAAAUUAUGCCGGAGAGACUACCUCAGGCUGUUCGGUCAGGACGGUCUCUGUGCGUCCUGUGAGAAGAGGAUUCGUGCAUUUGAGAUGACAAUGCGUGUGCGGGACAAGGUUUACCAUCUGGAGUGCUUCAAGUGUGCUGCCUGCCAGAAACACUUCUGCGUGGGUGACCGCUACCUCCUCAUCAACUCAGACAUUGUGUGUGAGCAGGACAUCUUUGAGUGGACCAAACUCAACAACAACAGCAGCAUGGUUUAGCAUAAAAUAUCUUGUUCAUCAAAGAGGAGUGUCACUCUGCCUUUGCAUCCUGGCUUUACAGGGAAGUUACCUUCCUUGCUGCCCGGCAGGAUUUCACAUGCUUCUGAUAUUGAUGUGGGAUCAUUUGAACUCAAGAGACGCUACAUCUCUGCACUUCUUCCAGAUGGAGACUGAUGAAGACUGCACCAGCAAUAACAAAAAGCUUUUCAUCAGAGGCUUCAUAAAUGCAAAAAAACUUUUAACACUGAAAACAUUUAAUCAUGCAAUAACAAUAGUUGUUUUGUUACAUACACUGGAAUUGUAGAGGAUUUCAAUAAACUUAUACUUAAUCUUUGUCAAGAUCGUUGUAGUCAGACUCUGUUGCAUCGUCUCAGUCUGGUCUGAAAAAUUCAGGAAGAAUUUUAGUAACAAUUUAUUUUGUGGAUCUGUUUUUUUGCUGAAAUUAAUUCAUCUAUUAAUAAAUAAAAUAAUACAAAACAAACAAUUAAUCUUCCUGCUCACCACUGUUUAUGGGGGGUAAAAGGUCUUAGGAGCAAAAUAAUUUAAUUCUAAGUGUAGGGAUUUAUUGAAAGGACUGCUUGAUUUUUCAUUCAUUAUAGAUGCACAGACUGAAACACACCUAAGUGAGAUGGUUAGUCAAAAUAAUUAGUAAGUUCUCACAAGGAAAGUUCCAUAUAAAAUUAUGGCGGAUUGAAUAAGAAAUUGCAGACCAGUAAAAAUAUAAUUACUUGAUUUCAUAUAAGUUUAAUGAAAUAUUCAUGCCAUUAAGUCCUGAUCUGUAUGAUUGUACUGUUUUACCAGGUUGAACUGGUGGCGCCCUCUAGUGAUUGAGGGAACUCAUGCAAUACUAAUUUUACUGACUUUGCAGAUGUGUCUCUUUUGUAACUGUUACAACUCCCUGGAAAUACACCUUGAAAUGUUUUUUUACUAUUUACUUGUCAACUUAAUAAAUAAAUUCCAAUUUAAAUAAA